AUGGUGUGGAGCGAUGCGAGCACUGUUUACAGACACGGGGAGCUCCGCGACGGUAUGGCAGUGGGGCCCAGACUACAAUCCAGCUCUCCAGUUCCCCCGAGAGACAGCGAGUUGACUUCAUUUGAACGCGCAGAGCAGCUUCGGACACUCCGUGAGGGACUCGCUCUAUUCGCGGCAGUGGCGUGGAUUGAUGCAGACGCACUGGUCUCACUGCUGCAGUCCAAAGGGGUAUGCGCAGUUAAGAGAGAGAUGCGAAGACACGCGUUUAUGAUGGCCGAGCUGCCUGUGUUCGUUGAGAUCGGAGUGACUCGGAAGCUGUCCAAAGACCCAAGCAAAGACUUCGCGUGGGUUGAGGACGAUCUCGUAUCGCUCUGCUGCCAGCUGGACGAGCAAAAUACCAGCGAGGCAUUCCAGGAGGCAUGGGCAAAAAUUGAAAUGCACUCUACAACCGAGUCGCAGUCGUUGAGGGGUCUCGCAAUUCCGAUUCGGAUCAUUAUUGGCAAACCGGAGUACUCGAAAGCUGGAGGCACUGCGUCUCAGCGAGUUUGGAAUGCCAUAAAGAGCGCAUUAAACCCUGACCAAGUCCAGUGGGGGUGGUUUACGCCGAUCUUGAGCAGGAAUUCCACAAUGGCGAGAAGACCCAGGUCCGCAUGUUACGCCUCUUACCUCAUCAACUCCAUCAACGCAAUGAACGUGCGUACGCGCGCUGGCUCCAGUGCUGUCUUUAUGAAGUUGGUGACGGAAAUGAGUCGUGGAGUUCUCUUAUCGGCACUAAGUUUCUGCCUCGUGCCACGACACGAUUCUCAAAUCGCGUGCCGCAUGAUCUCAACGUUAUUUUGUGAGAUGACUUGCGUGGAUGAUCAACGCGGCGCGUUCGUGAAUUUUGGGUGCGUCACCUUUCAAAAAGAGAGCGGCGUGGAAAUGAAUGCGCUUUGCUCAGCGCUGGUGGUGACUCGCUCCUGUCGGUCGUUCGCCUUCAGCCUCUGCCCGGAAGGCUCGGCUUCGGAAGUGAAAACCUGGAUGUGGAUGGCGUACGCAUUUUUCUCGAGCCGAGCUCGCCUGCGCUCCUCUGUGAAGCAAGUUACGAUCUACAACGCUCGUCUAAGUCGCGUCAUACUGGAUACGAUAUCUAGGAUUCUAACAGCCACCAAUACGGAGAAGGAACUAUUCACUGUUGCUACGGGGCUGGACAGCACAAGUAACACUGCUCGUGACACACGCGAGUACCAUUUGAAGCAGAAUGCAGUGGUGCAAGUUACUGAACAAACAAACGGCCGUGUGGUAUCAUGGAACUCGGCGGAUAUACUUCGACAAGGUGGAGUUGGCGGUGUAAGGCUGGUAAACCCCAACGAUAACGGCUUUACAAUAUCUCCGCUGAUGCUUUUGUUCGGGCGUGCAAGCAGUACAAUCCGCCACUCCGUCGUCUUGAGUGCCACUUCGACGAUAUCCGCGUUGUCGCCGAGACAUUUGAGUGAUGAGUCGAGUAUGCUGACGAAUAACCUUCGCUGGUGGCACUGCAGUUUGGAGCGGUUCAGGAAUUUUAGGGCGACAUUUGGGGCCUUGACUCGUAUGCUGAGUGAGAAUACAGUGCUGCGCUACUUGACAGUGGUUGGGGACCGAUAUUAUCUACCAACGUUAAAAGCUGGAUUGAUGCAGUUCCAUCUUCAGGAGCUCGAAGGCAACGGAGAGCUGCAGGUCGCGUGCAAGUUGGCGUUCUUGAGUGUUUUUCACGCCGAUGAAGCGCGCCCACCUUUGAAGAAGCAAGCGAAAGACCAACCCGAACGUUUUCGGCUACAUGCCCCAGACACGCACGUGAUCACCAAGAUUUUUGAGUUUGCGGCGAAUCAUGCCAUUCGAAGUGUGAGAAUCAUCUCCCCUAGCGAUAUUGAAUAA